AUGCUGGGAUCUGAACGUGGUGUUGUGGAAGAAUGGUUAUCAGAAUUCAAGGCAUUACCUGACACUCAGAUCACUAAUUAUGCAGCAACUUUACACCGGAAAAAAACAUUGGUACCAGCCCUCUACAAAGUUAUUCAAGAUUCAAAUAAUGAGCUCCUGGAACCUGUCUGCCACCAGCUGUUUGAGCUCUAUCGUAGCUCUGAAGUUCGACUUAAGAGGUUCACGCUGCAGUUCUUGCCAGAAUUGAUAUGGGUUUAUUUACGGCUUACAGUUAGCCGAGACAGACAGAGUAAUGGUUGCAUUGAAGCACUUCUGUUAGGAAUUUAUAAUUUGGAAAUUGCUGAUAAAGAUGGAAACAAUAAAGUUCUGUCUUUUACUAUCCCUUCUUUAUCUAAGCCUUCAAUAUACCAUGAGCCCUCAACAAUUGGAUCCAUGGCUUUGACUGAAGGGGCAUUGUGUCAGCAUGACCUCAUCAGGGUUGUUUAUAGUGAUCUUCAUCCUCAGAGGGAAACAUUCACUGCACAGAACCGGUUUGAAGUCCUGAGUUUUCUUAUGUUGUGUUAUAAUUCUGCUAUUGUGUAUAUGCCUGCUUCAUCUUAUCAAUCUCUUUGUCGGAUGGGCUCCAGGGUUUGUGUGAGUGGGUUUCCACGGCAACAUGAAAAACACUGGAAAGAACUCUGUGGUCGAAUAGUAUUGGAUCCCGAAUUUAUGGUGCAACUUCUCACCGGCGUUUAUUAUGCCAUGUAUAAUGGACAGUGGGACCUUGGCCAGGAAGUUCUUGAUGACAUUAUUUAUAGAGCUCAGCUAGAACUCUUUUCUCAACCACUGUUGGUUGCUAAUGCAAUGAAAAAUUCAUUACCAUUCGAUGCUCCUGAUUCUUCACAAGAAGGCCAGAAAGUACUUAAAGUGGAAGUCACUCCGACAGUGCCGAGGAUUUCUCGGACUGCAAUUACAACAGCUUCCAUCCGUCGCCAUAGAUGGAGGAGAGAAGGCGCUGAGGGGGUAAAUGGAGAAGAGGAGUCGGUAAACCUAAAUGAUGCAGAUGAAGGAUUUUCAUCAGGGGCUUCCCUCAGCAAUCAGCCAGUUGGGACCAAACCAUCCUCCUCUUCUCAGAGGGGAAGCUUAAGGAAAGUAGCAACUGGGCGUUCAGUCAAGGAAAAAGAAACCGCUUCUCCCAUCAAAUCCAGUGAAAGCCCCCGAGAUUCAGUAGUUCGCAGGCAGUAUGUACAGCAACCUCCUGAUCUUAGUGCAGAUUCGAUUGAGCUGACACCGAUGAAGAAACACCUGAGUCUGCCUGCUGGCCAGGUGGUGCCAAAAACCAAUAGCGUAAGUCUAAUCCGGACAGCCAGUGCUUCCUCAAGUAAAUCAUUUGACUAUGUAAACGGCAGUCAAGCAAGUACCAGCUUUGGGGUUGGCACUGAGGGAGUUACUAAUUUAGCAACUAGCAAUGCUAAUCGAUACUCGACUAUCAGUCUGCAGGAAGACCGGCUAGGUCAAGCUGGAGAAGGUAAAGAGCUCCUCAGCCCAGGCGCCCCCUUAACCAAGCAGUCUCGAUCCCCAAGUUUCAAUAUGCAGCUAAUAUCCCAGGUGUAG